CUCCCAGCGCCUGACACUGACGCCGACACACUGAGGCUCCCAGCGCCUGACACUGACGCCGACACACUGAGGCUCCCAGCGCCUGACACAGGAAUCACUGCCACUGAUACAGUGAAACAGUAGGUUCCUGCCAUUGAAAAAUGGACACAUUGAGUUACUGAUAUAGUGACACACUUAAACACUACAUGGCAUGUCGUCCAUUAUGUCUUUUAUUCUUAAAGAAUAAGCAGAAUAAUAGAUCGCUCCAUGCAUGGUUUCUAUGUGUCUGUAAGUUUGCGUGUGUUUGCGUGUCUAGGUGAGGCAAGCAGCAGGCAGGCUCGUCCCAGUGCAGUCAGAUAUAGCCGAGGCUCCCUCUUUCGUUCAUUCUCACCUUCGCUCUCACACUGUUUCUCCAUCCGGGCUCAGAUCAGAGAUGCCCGAUCGGGGGGCAGAGAGAAUCGGAGAUGCGCUGUGCAGAGAUGGAAGUCACCCCCUUAGCCAAAGGGCAAGCCAGUCUCCCUUAAUGCAGAGCCCCGAGACAGCUCCUGCACACUCUGUCUCUAGAGCUGCACACUCCCUGUCCCCACUCUCGCGCUCUCUUUUGCCCCUUUCCCCGAGGACUUUACAGCCCCUGCCUUCUCUUCCCCGAUCCAGCAAAGCUCUAACGGACGCCCGGGAGAUUCUUGGAUGGUGGGAUAGGGGGAGCUCCGAUGCUAAAUUGAGUUCAGGGUUGAUGGACCCCGUUGCCCGUCGGCCGCGGGAAACCCAGCUCCCACAUUCCCCCACAAGCCUCUCUCCUGGAAACACGGUUAGAUUCGCCAACGAGAGCCCUGGACGGGGCUUUCAUCAGGGCGGGGAGACAAGAUGGCGCAGCGAUAGUAUUGGGAGCCCCAGAGAGAGGAUGUCCUCCAGGGCAGGGCAGAGAGCGAGGGGCUCUCACACUGCUGCCAGCCUGCCCUUGGGGUCCAGUCCGCUCGCCUUACCGGAGGCCCAGCCACCCUGGAUGACGGGGAUGGAGGUCCCAGGCGGGGGUCCUGCCCCUGAGGGAGAGGACAGAAUCGGUAAGGCUGAUCUUCAGAGUCCGGAUUUGGGAGCAUUGAUGGAGAACCCCAAGACAGGCUGCUCCAACAGCAGCCACAUCCCACAGGAGAGCGGGGCUUCAGCGCCUGGCUCCCCACUCCUUCUCAAGCUGAGGCCCCAGGGCCUCUCUCCGUGCAGGAAAGGUAGGAGGGAGCCAGAGCGCGGAGGCAGAGGAGUCAGGAAGGCAAGAGGCCAAGGGACAGGGACAGUCAGAGUACACCAGGGCACAAUCAGACCCGGAGCGCAGGAGUGUAAAGACAGUGAGCAGCCGGUGAGCUCAGCGCUAGGGCCCCUGCAGGGUCCUAUGGGGUCUUUGGCCCCACUUCGGGGGUUGGCAGAUCCCCUGUCUUCUUCCCUGAGGGGCUCGGCCGGGAGCUCCGGAGGGCUGGAGCCCCUGAAGACGUCACUUGGGGCUCCUCUGUCCACACUGGGCACAAGUGUGCUGGGCCUGAGACAAGAGGAGAGGGUGUCUCUCUCUUUGCCGGGGCUGGAGGAUGAAGAGGAGAGAGGCUCGGAGGCAGAGAGCCCACAAGGGACAGCCCGUCUGCUGCACAACCUACACCUGGACCUCGGCUCCCUGGGCGGAGGACUGCAGUACGAGGAGAGUGACGUCAGCAGGACCCCCCCGCCAGAGGAGCGCACUGAGCCCGAGCUGCAGGACCUGCUGCCUUCCCUGGAGCCCAGCCAAGACCCACCCUCACAGGACUCCCUCUGUGGCCAGCGCCUCUCUUCUCCACUGGGGGGCAGCACAGACUGCAGCGUGGCCGCCGGCGAGACCCGGGCGCGUCCUGGAUCAGGCGAGAGAGGACUGGGGAGCAGCGGAGAGGAGGAGAGAGGGCGGAGGAGGGCAGAGGACGGGGGAGCCGAGGCGAGAGAGAGUGGAGGCGCGCGCUGGGGGGGAGACGGGCGGGGAGGGGAGAGGAGGCGGCUGGGGGGUGAGGGAGACGGAGCAGAGGAGCAGACCGACGAGGAGAGGAAGUCGCCCUGGAACUUGAAACCCCAGCGACCUCCUUCCUCGCAGGGCCCCAUGGAGAGCCAGGAAGAGGAGGAAGAGGAGGAAGAGGAAGAAGGGCGGGCAGCGAGAAGAGAGGAGCAGGAGAAAGGGGGAAUCGUAGCUCUGGGGGCAAAGCCAGCGGGGGAAGACGAGACUGACGGUGGGCUUGACCCCUCCUCUCUCUCCUCGGGCACCCCGCCCGGGAGACGGGGGUGCCCAGCUCCGGCUCCCACGGGGACGAAGACGCAGCCUUCGGCCAGCCCCCCAUAUGAAUGGAAGCUCCCCGUCACCGGGGCACCCCCUUCAGAGGACUCGGAGGCCAGUGAACAUAUUGAGGGACCCUCCCUGCACUCUGAGGAUCGUACCCAGAGCUCGGCUGGGUUCCAGUCCAGGGUGUUCGAGCAGGUGCUUGACGUGGAAGAUCUCUCCCCUGCCCCGGAGGGUGCAAGGACACUGGACAAGGACGUCACAGAAAGGCAGGAAGAAGGGAGCAUGAAAAUGAAAGAGGAAGAUGAGAGGAGGAAGAGGGCAGAGGCAGCAGAGAGGCGGCUGAAGGAGGCAGCGAGGACAGAGACGGCUCCAGAGACGAGGGCCCGGAGCCCAGUGGCUCAGACUGCAAGUGGCCUUGAGUCCGAGUGCAGUCCCGGGGAGGAGGGAGGCAGCAGGAGCCGGAGGAAGAGGCCAGAGAUGGCGAGAGGCAAGCCAGUCACUCCAAGCAGUCAGCACAGCCACAGCUCCGAUGAAGAUCAGGGGCUGGAGAGGCUGGCCCCUGCCUCCUCCUCGGAGAGGAAGAAGCGGGAGAGGUCGGAGGUCCGCCUCGCCGAGUUCGCGGAGGAGACGGAGCAGAAGCUCGAGGCGCGACGAGCCAGGGCCCUGCAGGAGAGGCGGGAAAGGCUGAGCCGCCUUGCAGAGGAGCUGAGGAAGGAGGACGAAGAGGAGGAGCGGAGGCUGCGGCAGGAGAACCAAGAACGGAUCAGGGCACUGAGAGAGAGGCUACAGGGGGAAAGAGAGGAAGAGGAGAGAAGGCUGAGACUGGUGUCUGAGGAGAAACUGCAGGACCUCAGACUCUCCACACAGACACAGAGAGAAGCUCAGGAGCAGCACCUCAGGGAGGAGGGCGAGUCGGCUCUGCGGGAGCUGAGGGCAGCCCUGGAGGCAGACCGGGCCGCCGAGAUGAAGAGGCUGGAGGAGCACCGGCGGCAGGAGCUGGCAAGACUGCGGCGGGAGGCCGAGGAGGAGCUGAGGCAAGAGAGGCACAGGCUGGAGGCCGAGAGGGAGGCACAGCUGGAGGCAGUGAAGAAAGAGCAGGGGAAGAUCGCUCAGGAACUGAGCCACGAGAAACAAGAAGAGCUGCUGAAGCCCCAGCACGGUGGACAGCACCUCUCUACCUACCAGAAGGAGCUGAGUGAGGUGCUGAGGGAGGUGAGGGAGGAAGUGCAGAAGGAGCAUGACAGGAAGUUGGAGCAGCUGAGAGAGGAGCACCGCCACACUCUGCAGGACAUCCGAGAGAAGUACUUGGAGGAGGAAUGCAGGCAGAGAGACGGGUUGCUGGGAACCCUGCAGGAGGAAAGAGAGAAGCUGCUGUCCAGCCAUCGCAAACAGCUGGAGGAGCUCUGCUCACAGCUGGACGCACAGCUGCACGACGCCCGUCAGGCACACAGGCACAAGGAAAGUGAGCUUCAGAGACAGGGGGAGGAGUUGGAGCUCAGGGCCAAAGAGCUGAAAGCCAGGACUGCAGCUCUCCAAGCUCAGGAGGAAGACUUCAGGAGCAAAAGGGAGCAGCUGGAGGAGGAAGAGGAGCUGAGGGAAAGAGGCAGGCAGGAGAGAGACCGGCUGAGGGAGGAGAGAGACCGGCUCCAGGCGCAGGGCCAGCGGCUGAAGGAGGAGAGAGACCAGCUCCGGGCACAGGGGCAGCGGCUGAGGGAGGAGAGAGACCAGCUCCAGGCACAGGGCCAGCGGCUGCGGGAGGAGAGAGACCAGCUCCGGGCACAGGGGCAGCGGCUGAGGGAGGAGAGAGACCAGCUCCAGGCACAGGGCCAGCGGCUGCAGGAGGAGAGAGACCAGCUCCAGGGAGAGGAGACGCGACUAAGAGAGGAAAGAGACCAGCUCCAGGCACAGGGCCAGCGGCUGCAGGAGCGCUGCGACAGGCUGAACGUGUUGGCCAGUGAUGAGAAACAUGGUGAUGCCAGUAGACAUACAGCCCUCCUUACUGAAAGUGAGGGAAAGUGCCUACAGCCUAAUUGCAAUGUGGAGCCCCCUGCUGGCCGGGAAAGAGCUCUGCAACUGAAGGACCUAGAGGUGUCCCCUCCACCCCCUGCGGCCGCUAGCUCGAACCAUCACGACUCUGAAAGAGAGGGAGACUCGGAGCUUAGCAUUGAUGAGGUGCGGCAGUAUAUCUCCUCCGAGGGGGCGUCCCUACAGAAAGCCCGUCGUUUCCUGGAGAGACAGAGCGGCUCUCUGAGCCAGAGGCAGGCAGCUCUGCGGGCGGCUCGCACCACCUGGAGCCAGGAGCCCGCGCAGGACCUCCACAAGAAUAUCCAGCGGGAGGUCUGUCACCUGGAGCAGCUGAAGGCCACAGUUCAGAGAGGCCAGGCUCUCCUGCGCAGGAAGGAAGAAAGACUGACCCAGCUGGAGAGCUCUCUCACAGAGGAGGUACACUACACACCUGCUGGCUCACUGAGCAUACCAAUACCUGAAGAUAGUAUCAGACUGACUGAGAGUAUAUGCAUUGUACACACUGAUACCCACAGACUGACUGCGAGUAUCAACACUGUGCAUAUCGAUACACAUGUGGGCUGACUGAGAGUAUAAUCGCUGUACAUACUGAUUCACAUACAGGCUGACAGAGUAUAAUCACUGUGC